GGGAGAGUGGCUGCGUGAGGCCGCAGUGCGCAUGCGCGCGAGGGGCAGUCGCCAUGGCUGCUGCGGCGCCGGUGAAAAUGGAGCUCAGGCUCAGAACUGCCAGCCAGGGGCUGUGUGUUUGGUGAUCGAGGCGUCUGUGCCCUCUUAGGAACCAAACUUAUCUCCAGCAGCUGUUAAUAGCCACAAUGUCAAAUAAGGAGGUGAAGGCAGCAUUAAAGAGUGCUAGAGACGCAAUACGAAAUAAAGAAUAUAAGGAGGCCUUAAAACAUUGCAAGGCAGUCUUGAAGCAAGAAAAAAAUAAUUACAAUGCUUGGGUAUUUAUUGGCCUGGCAGCUGCUGAGUUAGAUCAGCGUGAUCAGGCCAAAGGAGCAUAUAAGAAGGCUAUUGAACUUGAACCAAACCAGUUACUGGCAUGGCAGGGAUUAGCAAAUUUAUAUGAGAAAUCCAACCAAACAGAUGUCAAAGGAGACUUAGCAGAGGUUUACCAAAAGCUGUUGGAACUCUGUGAAAGUGGUGACAAGCAGAAAUGGUGUGAUGUAUGUAACAAACUUGUGGAACUAUAUCAUCAAGAAAAGAGAUAUGUAGAGGUGGCUGAAACAUGGCAGAAACUCAUACAAAUGAAGCAGGAGGAAGGUGCAGAAAAGGCAGAGCUUCAUCAGCUUUGGAAGAAGAUGAUCCAGUUACUGAAAGACAGCACACAGAAUAAGUGUAAUAAGACUGAACAGUCGCUUUUGACUGCAUUUGAACAUGCGGUGAACUCUGCUGACACUGUUCCUGGUGAAGACCACCAAAAUCUUUACAAGGACUUUAUUCAGUGCUUGUCAAAAUUUCCUCAUGAAACAGCUAGGUUGGAAAAGGCCUGUAAAGAUAUGAUGGUUUUGUAUCCUACUGUGAGUUAUCCUUUAGAAGUACUUUGCUUGCAUUUUGUUCAGUCAGGUACUUUGUCGGAAGAGGCCCUGCAUUAUUUUUCUAAGCUUUUGGAGAUGGACGCGAGUAGUGGUCCAGGCAUCAUUGGUUUUGGUAUAAAAUGCCUUCAAGAAAAGAAAUACAAGGAGGCUAUUAAGAGUCUUACUGAAGGUUUGCAGAAGACUAGCCAGUGUCCGGCAGCGUGGCAUUAUUUGGCAGAGGCACAGAUGAAAAUUCACAAACACAGGGACGCUGUCCUGUCCUGCAAUCAAGCUCUUGAGGCUCUUGGAACUCCUGACGGUCCUAGUCUUCGGUGGAAGAACUUUAUCCUUCAGUUGAAAGCAGAGGCUUUGAUUAAAAUAGCUGAUGCUGAUGCUGCAGAAGAAGCCAUUAAAACACUUGAGCAGAUUAUGGAUGCAAGCAGUGAUCCGGUGGUUUUAGCUAUAAGAGGUCAGGCUUAUCUAAACAAGGGUUUAAUGGAUCAAGCUUCAAAGAUUUCACAAGAGCUCCUGUUGUCCCACCCUGAUCUGGCUGAGUCCCAUGCUCUAGAGGGUUUCAUCCAUUAUUCCCAAAAGAACUAUGAACAGGCAGAAAGAAGUUUUCUAAAUGCUAUUGAAAGAAAGGCCGAAACUGCAGAGUAUCAUCAUUACCUGGGGCUUACAUACUGGUUCAUGAGUGAUGAGACAAAAAAAGACAAAGGAAAAGCACUCACUCAGUUCUUGAAGGCUGCAAAACUGGACAGCUACUUGGGAAGUGUCUUUUGUUAUUUAGGUAACUACUACAGAGACAUUGCUGGAGACAAAAGUAGAGCUCGUGGUUGCUAUAAAAAGGCUUUUGAACUGGAUGGAACCGAUAAAGAGUCUGGAACAGCAGCUGUAGACUUAAGUGUGCAACUUGGAGACAUGGACACUGCUCUGUCAAUCCUGAAUGAGGCAACUGAAAAAGCGAGUACUGGUACAGCAAAAUGGGCCUGGCUUCAUCGUGGACUUUACUACCUGAGAACUGGUCAGCCGUCACAAGCAGUGGCUGAUUUGCAGGCAGCUCUCAGGGCUGAUCCAAAGGAUUCCAACUGCUGGGAGUCUCUAGGGGAGGCUUACUUGAGCAGAGGUAGCUAUUCAACAGCUCUAAAAUCCUUCAGGAAAGCAAGUGAGCUGAACCCAGAGCUCAUGUACAGCAUUUACAGAGCUGCAGCAGUUGAGCAGCUUCUAGGCAAAUAUGAAAAUGCUAUAGCUACCUAUCAACAAAUCUUAAAGAAGACAGAAGAUUAUGUGCCUGCACUGAAAGGACUUGGUGAGUGCUAUCUCAUGCUGGCAAGAUCAGCCCUUGAUAACUAUCUUGAUAGGAAGGCUGUGGAUUUCAUAGAGCAGGCUCUUGAAUUUUUUACAAGGGCAACAAAGCAUCGUCCUGAUAUAUCUUGCCUCUGGAAACUGCUCGGAGAUACCUGUACUAGCGUGCAUGUUAUUUCACCAACCAAAGUGAAUGUUCAAGUUCUAGGAUCCCUUCUGGGUAAAAAUGCAGGCAAACAGAUGCUGAAGAAGAGCGAGCUGCUCAGACUGGGAGGAAGGUGUUACAGCAGAGCUUUACAAUUGAUGGCUUUGCCUAGCAUAUGGUGUGAUCUUGGAAUAAAUUAUUAUCGACAAGCAGAGCACCUCACAGCGGUGGGCACUGACAUGAAUGAAAUCAGUGAACUGCUAGAGAAGUCUUUACAGUGUCUUAAAAAAGCUGUGAGGCUUGACAGCAAAAAUCAUCUUUAUUGGAAUGCGCUUGGUGUAGUUGCUUCCUGUAGUGCUAUUGGGAAUUAUGCUCUUGCUCAACAUUCGUUCAUCAAAUCUGUUCAAGCUGAGCAAAUCAAUGUUGUUGCCUGGUCCAACUUGGGGGUUUUGUAUCUGGCAACUGGAAACAUUGAGCAAGCUCAUGAAGCCUUCAAGGUAGCCCAGUCUCUGGAGCCUUCUUACUUACUGUGUUGGAUUGGGCAGGCUCUUAUUGCAGAGGCAGUAGGCAGCUAUGAUACUAUAGAUCUCUUCAGGCACACAACUGAACUCAGUAUGCAUACCGAGGGAGCAAAAGGCUAUGCCCACUGGGUAUGUUCAACGCUGCAGGAUAAAAGCAACAGAAACACUGAACUAUAUCGGUACAACAUUGUUCAAAUGAAUGCUAUUCCAGCAGCCCAGGUGGUCUUGAACAAAUAUACAGAAAGAAAUCCAAACGAUGCAUCAGCUUUCACAAUGCUUGGUUAUUUGAAUGAGUAUCUGCAUCUAAAAAGGCAGGCAACAGAUGCCUAUGAGAGGGCAGCUUCAUUGCUGAAAAACUCUGAGGAUACCGAGAAAUACAAUAUAGCAAUGCAAAACUAUGGCAGGUCACUGUGUGCCCUUGGUCAGUGUGAUAAGGCCAUUGAGGUUUAUGCAUCAAUACCCCUAACUGAGUUUGAUGGCAUUGUAGGGAUAGCAUUAGCCUACUUCAAGAAAGGACUCUUACAAGAAAGUAUCAAAGCAUAUGAAAAAGCCUUGUCUGUUGCUGAGUCUGAACAAGAUAAAGCACAUAUCCUGACUGCCUUGGCAAUAAUAGAGUAUAAACAGAACAGAGUGCAUGCUGCAGAGACACUGCUGUUUAAAUGCUCAUUAAAGGAACCUAGUAUGGAAAGUCUGAAGGCUUUGUGCACACUAGGACUGGUAAAGCAGGAUGCUACACUUGCAACAGCAGCCCUAAAAGAAUUACUGAAGCAUGAAAAAGGGGAUGAUAGGAUUUAUGAGAGGUGCCUUAUUGCAUCUGCUGUUUAUGCAUUGCAAGGUAGAAAUGUGGCGGUCCAGAGAGAAGUCUCCAAAGCAGUACAUAGGAACCCUGAUAAUCCUGCCCUCUGGUCUCUUCUGUCUCGACUAGUUCCACUGUAUGCAUCACAAAAGGCAAAAGGGGGAGCUGUGGCAGGAAACAUCGCACAUGUACUUGAUGUAAACCAUGGAAAGGAAGUCCUGCUGAAUAUUGCAGUUAAUCAGUUGGCAGCAGGAUGUCAUAUGUUAGAAGAUGAGAAAAACAAUCCUCUGAAAAAUAUUCAGAAGGCAAUCCGCCUCUGUCCAGAUAAUCCUUCUGCCUGGGCAGUGCUGAUGGCAGCGUGUCAUGCUGAAAACACCGUUGUCUGUCUAAACAACACUCAGCCGAAGCUAACAGAUCUAGAGAUGAUACUUGUAGCUACAGUUUCAGCCAAAACUGGAGAAAAUAAUCUUCCACGUAAUUAUAUCCAGACUGUUGAAGACUGGUGUCUAUGUCAAGCUAUUACCAGUCUAGAGGAGACUGGUAAACUCUCAGAAGCUGAAGCUCUUUGUACCAAGGGUUUAAAAAGCCGCCCUGAGCACCCAGCUCUGUUUUUGCUUUUGAGACAAGUUCAGUGUAAGCAGCUGUUGCAGUCUCACAAAGAACUUCCAGACAACAUCCUGGAUGAGCUUCGCAAGACAGUCAUGACCAGUUCAACUUCAGUUGCAGCCUGGCAAUGGCUGGCAAAAGUGUAUCAGUCUCAAAGAAUGAUGGUUGGAGCAGAGAUGUGUUACAGAAAGAGCCUGCAGUUGGCAUCACAGCAGGGCAGCUGGAAUGGGAAGUUAUCCAGUCUGCUCAGGCUAGCUAUGCUCGCACUGGAAAUCUGCAUGAUGAUCAAGCUAACAGCCAUAAUCAAAAUCAGUCAAAGGAACCCAUAUAUCCUGAGUGCUUAUUUAAGAAAAGGCAAUCAGUUUUACCAAGGAUAAAGCUGCAAAGCUGUUGCUCCUGGUGGGAAAAGAGAAUCCGCCUCAGUGUAGUCAAGUUUCUUUCUCACAAGCCAUAUGUUUCAAAAGGCAGAAUUUGUCAAGUGACAGGAUUUUUCCUCCCAUGAUUCUUCUGUCCGUUUUCUAGUGGUCUGCUCCCUGUUUCCUAUAGCUCCUAAAUAUCUCCACAGGUUUCAAGGUACCCUCUACCUUAAUUAAUACUACUUCUUCAAAUGCUGGCCUGAAUUGCCUGAGAAUGUACAAGACUUUGUUUAAAAAAUGUAAUUAGUAUGAAUUUGAUUAUCUCAUCUCUACUUUUUGCAUGAGCAGAGCAGCUGAUCAGUGGAUUUCUGUCCAGCCUCUCUAAUCUGCACUGGCUUAAUGAAAUGUGCAAAAGCCUGGUGAAAACCUUGCUCAGAUCCAAGAAAGCUCUGCGUUUGAAAAUUGCUUGUCUCCCAAUUAUCUGUCUAAAUGAAAAUUUGGGCACCCCUUCAAGUACAGUAAUUUUGGAGACAAUGGGGAUAAUAAGACUUUCCUUAAGCCAAAAGAUAUAGGGAUUUGUUCAGUAGUUGCUCUAUUAGGUAAUUACCAUCUUGGAGUUGGUUUUUAUUUCUGGGCAUAAAUUCUAUGUUCUAGAAUAGUAUUGUACAUGGGAUGAAAAUUUACAAGCUGAAGAGCAAACAAAGGUUUGUGAUUAAAACAUUACUAAAACAUGUAUGGAAAAAGUAAAAAGAUUCUUUGCAUAAAUGAGCAAGUGGAAUGCUGGCAAGGCUGGUCCUAGAAUAUUUAAUGUGACUUCUCCAGGCUCUCCUAACCACUGUUUGUGUUUUUUUCUAAAGAAAUCUCUUUCUAACCUGCCAAAUACUUUGUGUAACUCAGAACAGCCUGAAUUGAACCUGCUCUCUAGAGAGCUGCAAACAAAAACUGAUUUACACUACACACUAAAAUAAAGACCUUUCUUUUUUCUCUUUGUUAUUUCUUUGUUUUUUCUUCUUUUAUUA